CUAAUCGCAGCUGCAAUCAUCUUUAGUGGUGGCUGCUACGAGAAGUUUGCGUCGUUCGCGAAAUUUCUCAAACUGGCCUUCAUUGGGCAUAGCCUGUUCUUCCGCCACCAGAAGUCGACCAUUCUUCCCGUCAUACGAGCCGCUUGGACCAGGGAGAAAAUGCGUGUCUGGAACCUGUUACAAGGUAGGCUGCGUGUACAAUGUAAUGUAAUGUAAUCAAGUAGUUAUUAGUUUUGCUCCAAGUAAUAAUACCGUUAUUUGGGUGGUGCUAAAUUCUGGUAGACAUUCGGGAGGGUGACUGUGUAUCUGUACUAUGGAUCUGUGUUCCUUCUCUUCUAGGUCGCAAACUUGUGUUGUGCGGUGACGGGCGAUGCGAUAGCCCUGGCUAUUCCGCAAAAUUUGGCACAUACACCUUCCUGGAUGCCGAGACUAACCUGCUAGUCGAUUUCGAAGUGGUGGAGUGCACAGAGACUAACAGCUCUGUAGCAAUGGAGAAGGCCGGAUUUAUCAGGGUUCUUGAUCGCUGCAAGGAAGCCCUGGCUGUCGAUGUCGUCGUGACGGACAGAAGCCCGUCCAUCAAGGCAACUAUCCGCGACCAGUACCCUGGCAUAUGCCACCAAUUUGAUGUGUGGCACUUUGCCAAGAAUGUGGCCAGCAAGCUGCGGUCUGCUUGCCAUCGCAAGAGCCAUGCCCCGCUAUUGGCUUGGAUUCCCGCCAUAAUUAGCCACUUCUGGUGGUGUUGUAGUAACUGUGACGGCAGUGCUGACUUGCUGAAAGAACGUUGGCAGUCAGUGCUGUACCACGUCUGCAACACCCACGCAUGGACGGGAGGGCAGCUGUGCAGCACUUGUGCACAUUCUGCAUUGAGCAGCGAAGAUGAACGAGCCAUCAAAUGGAUCAAAGCUGAUUCAGAACCUUACAAAGCAUUGAAAGGCAUCCUUUUGGACAAGAAACUCCUCAAAGACAUGGACAAGUUGACCAAAUUUUGCCACACCGGAAGUUUGGAGGUAUAUCAUAGCGUCAUGACCAAGUACAUUCCCAAACGCAUUCACUUCUCAAUUCUGGGCAUGAUUGUACGCACACAGCUCGCGGCACUUGACCACAACUUCAAUGUCAACCGUCACCAUAGCAAAGCCAAAAAGACCGGGGAAGGAAGGUACAAGGUUCAAUUCUCAAGGCACAAAGGAGAUUACGUGGCCAAAAAGAUAUAUGACAGAAAGAGCUAUGCGUACGUGGACAAACUAAUGUGUGACGUUGUGGCGGUUGCACAUGGCGAGCUUGAUGUCCCUGCCUUGGAGAAGCGCGUCUCCCUGCCGAUUUCCAGGCGAAACCCUCCUGAGAAGGCUGAGGUGGUGGCAAAGUUGACAUCUAGAUUGGAAAAGAAAAAAGCCUAAGGAUUAGGAUAUCUUUGCCUGAUGGUGUUGACAACGCAGGCUGGAAUUCGACAACGAACGUGCUUGCCCAGCUUUCCAUGUACAUACAAUGUGUACUGCC